CAAGCUGGAAGCAUAAAUUAAAGUGACCCUUUUGCCUUUGGCUUACUCUUUCACCUUAAAACCAAAAAAGAAGGCAAAAAAUGAAGUUGUGAUGGAGGACAGAAAGGCUAACACAAUCGCUGUUAUAUCAGUGAUUGCAGUGAUCAUAGUGAUCAUCGUUGCACGCGUCUCCCUAAAGCUCUCAAGGGCCUUCUUCCUCAUAUGCGGCGCUUCCAUUGCUGUGAUCCUCGCUGUCUUCUCGUGCGCGUUCAUAAGACACCGUUACAACCGCAGGAGGAGGUUGUUGGAGUCACAGUUGAAGACAGAAGGGAGAGAGCUCCGAAUAGAGUACAGUUUCUUAAGAAAGGUCGCUGGUGUUCCAACCAAGUACCGCUACAAGGAGCUUGAAGAAGCAACGGAUGGUUUCCAAGCACUCUUGGGAAAAGGGUCUUCAGCUUCGGUCUUCAAAGGCAUUCUCAGCGACGGAACUUCUGUUGCAGUGAAAAGAAUCGACGGUGAGGAGCGUGGGGAGAAGGAGUUCAGAUCAGAAGUUGCAGCCAUUGCAAGCGUGCACCAUGUCAACCUCGUACGCUUGUUUGGUUAUUGUAACUCCCACACAGCGCCUAGGUACCUUGUUUAUGAGUACAUCCCAAACGGGUCUUUGGAUUGUUGGAUCUUUCCCUUGAGGGAAAAUAAUAGCCAUGCACGGAAAGGUGGGUGUUUGCCGUGGAAUUUAAGGUACAAGGUUGCUAUUGAUGUUGCCAAAGGGUUGUCUUAUCUUCACCAUGAUUGUAGGAGGAGGGUUUUGCACCUCGAUGUGAAGCCCGAGAAUAUACUCUUGGAUGAGGAUUAUAAAGCUCUUGUUUCGGAUUUUGGCCUCUCGACUCUUGUUGGCAAGGAUGUGAGUCAGGUUAUGACAACCAUGAGAGGAACAAGAGGGUACUUGGCUCCUGAGUGGCUCUUGGAAAGAGGGGUAUCGGAAAAAACUGAUAUUUACAGCUAUGGGAUGGUUUUGUUGGAGAUAAUUGGAGGGAGGAGGAAUGUGUCGAGGGUGGAGGAUCCGAGGGACAAGAGCAAGAAAAAGUGGGAGUUUUUUCCCAAGAUUGUGAAUGAGAAAGUGAGGGAGGGGAAGUUGAUGGAGAUUGUGGAUCGUAGGUUGGUGGAGGGAAGGGGUGUUGAUGAGAGUGAGGUGAGUAGAUUGGUGCAUGUUGCAUUGUGGUGCAUACAAGAGAAGCCAAGGUUGAGGCCUAGCAUGGCACAAGUGGUUGAUAUGCUUGAGGGGCGUGUGAGGGUGGAUGAGCCACCUGGCUCAAGAAUGAUUCUUGUUGAUUUGCUUGCUGUUGAUGAAGACCCUGCAGAUCAUAGGAAUCUGGCUAGGUUGUUGACCUCUGUGUCCAGCAAUGUGGAUUGUACAUCUACUUACUCCUUGGGAACAGCCACUGUUUUAUCUGGUAGAUAAUUACCAAGAUACUUUUGUUUGGGACAAACUAUUAGAGGUUAAAAGUCCAAACUCAGUUGAAUCUGCUUGAGGGUGUUUCCUUGAUAGUUUUGCUUCUCAUUACUUACUUUCUUCAAUUGUAUAAAUUGGGACAUAGUUCUGAGAUUUUCACUGAGGAAAUUAUAUAUAUAUAUAUAUACAUAUUUUAUCCUCUUUUUUCUUUUCUCAUGACUACAUGUUUUCUGAGUCCUUUUGCAAACAUUGUCUGCUAUGUGGAAUGCCAUGUUCAUAACUCAAUCCUGGCAUUGUUAUUCUGUAUAUGAUUUGGAGAUUCCUUUGACUAAAUCUUUGCUGGCGCUCUCUUAAAUUAAAAAAUGAUUGUUGGACACCUCAACAACCUAUUAGACACCUAUGAGAAAAAUAAAGAAGAAAAGGUAACACAAGUGAAAUAGUACA